AAAGUUUUAAAAUGUCCUGCCCCAGCUGCCCCCAUCAUCACGGGACUUUGUCUAGGCAGGAAAAUGAUCUAGCACCCAGGGCUGCAACCGCUGCAGGCCCUGGUCCGGGAAAGAAGCAGAGCACAGAGAUGUCAUCUCCCAGGAUCUACAUGAUGACCUGAGAGAAUGACCAGUCCAAAAUUCAGAGAGGAGAUGGAGGAAUUUUUAUUCUCCAAUGGCUACCAGCUGGGCAAGACCAUUGGGGAGGGGACGUACUCCAAGGUGAAAGAGGCCUUCUCAAAAAAGCACCAGCAGAAAGUGGCAGUUAAAAUUAUUGAUAAGAUGGGGGGCCCGGAAGAAUUUAUCCAGAGAUUCCUGCCUCGAGAGCUCCAGAUCGUCAGGCGCUUGGAUCACAAGAACAUCAUCCGGGUGUACGAGAUGCUGGAGUCAGCUGACGGGAAGAUCUACUUGGUGAUGGAGCUCGCGGAAGACGGGGAUGUCUUUGACUGCGUUCUGCGCGGAGGCCCUUUGCCCGAGAGCCCAAUCCGCUACUGCCACAGUUGUGGCGUGGCGCACCGGGACCUGAAGUGUGAGAACGCCUUGCUGCAAGGCUUCAACUUGAAGCUCACGGACUUUGGAUUUGCUAAGCUGCUCCCCAAGAAUCGCAAGGAGCUGAGCCAGACGUUCUGUGGCAGCACGGCCUACGCUGCGCCCGAGGUGCUCCAGGGCGUGCCCCAUGACAGCCGGAAAGGGGACAUCUGGAGCAUGGGCGUUAUCCUAUAUGUGAUGCUGUGUGCUAGCCUCCCCUUUGACGACACAGACAUCCCCAAGAUGCUGUGCCACCAGCAGAAAGGGGUCUCUAUUCCUGGGCACCUGGAGAUCUCCGACGAAUGCCAGGAUCUCCUGAAAAGCCUCUUGGAACCAGACAUGAUUCUGCGACCUUCCAUUGAAGAAGUUGGUUGGCACUCAUGGCUGGCAAACUCCUGAUAAAGACCAUGUCACACUCUCCCCCAAUAAAGGGGACAGAUUGCUUUCAAAA